GUCUUCACUGAUUAGCACAACAAAACCUCAGAGAGAGAGAGAGAGAGAGAGGGAGAGAGUGAGAGUGUGUAAGAGAGAGAGAGAAUGAGAGAGAAUCAAUUUCGAGCAGUCCCAAUCAUCUUCUUGUUUUUCUUCGUCUUCAGUGUCUGUGAUGCACUAUACGGACCAUCAUCGCCAGUUCUUCAGCUAACUCCUUCCAACUUCAAGUCCAAGGUUCUGGACUCAAACAGAGUUGUUCUGGUUGAAUUCUUUGCACCGUGGUGCGGACAUUGUCAGGCUCUUACACCGAUAUGGGAGAAAGCGGCUACUGUCUUAAAGGGUGUGGUUGCCGUGGCAGCUCUUGAUGCUGAUGCACACAAGUCCCUCGCUCAGGAAUAUGGGAUUAGAGGAUUUCCAACAAUAAAGGUGUUUGUACCCGGAAAGCCUCCAGUUGACUAUCAGGGAGCAAGGGAUGUGAAACCCAUUGCAGAAUUUGCACUCCAACAGAUAAAGGCGCUGUUGAAAGACCGCUUAAGUGGAAAAACAACAGGAGGAUCAAGCGAAAAAUCUGAACCUAGUGCUUCGGUAGAAUUAAAUUCCCAGAAUUUUAAUGAACUGGUGCUUAAAAGUAAAGAUCUCUGGAUUGUGGAGUUCUUUGCACCUUGGUGUGGGCACUGCAAAAAAUUGGCACCUGAGUGGAAGAAGGCCGCUAAAAACUUGCAGGGGAAGGUGAAGUUGGGACACGUUGACUGUGAUGCAGAGAAGUCUCUGAUGAGCAAGUUCAACGUUCAAGGAUUUCCGACCAUAUUGGUAUUUGGAGCUGACAAAGACAGCCCACUCCCCUAUGAGGGUGCAAGGAGUGCUUCAGCCAUUGAAUCAUUUGCUCUCGAACAAUUGGAAACAAACGUUGCACCUCCUGAAGUGACCGAGCUAACUGGCCCAGAUGUCAUGGAAGAGAAAUGUGGUUCAGCUGCCAUCUGUUUUGUGGCUUUCCUACCUGAUAUUUUGGAUUCCAAGGCAGAAGGGAGGAACAAGUACAUUCAGCAGUUAUUAUCCGUUGCGGAGAAGUUUAAAAGAAGUCCAUACAGCUUUGUGUGGGCAGCAGCUGGUAAGCAGCCAGACCUCGAGAACCGAGUGGGUGUCGGUGGUUAUGGAUAUCCAGCAUUGGUGGCCUUAAACGCAAAAAAGGGAGCUUACGCACCACUUAAGAGUGCAUUCGAGGUUGAUCAGAUCACAGAAUUUGUGAAGGAAGCCGGGCGCGGAGGAAAGGGAAACUUGCCCCUGGAGGGCACCCCGAACAUUGUGAAGAUCGAACCCUGGGAUGGUAAAGACGGAGAGAUAAUUGAAGAGGACGAGUUCUCCCUUGACGAACUAAUGGGAGAAGAUACCACUAACAAGGAAGAGUUGUGAGAAAUUUAAAGUAUCAUACUACAGCAGGAGAAUUAUAUCAGGCUAAGAUUGAUUUUGGGUGCUGGUCAUCCCAGUGUUUCUGUGUUUAAACGAUGUUUUCAACAACGCACAAGAGCUUUCUUGUGAGCGAGGCUCUCUUUUGUUCUCUUGUUUGUUACCAUUACUGUGCGUCAUUUCAUAGCAAUGCAGUGUUUAGGUACAAUACUCUUGUUGGUUUCCAGAUUGACAAAUCACUGGUUUUU